CCCCCCCCCCCCCCUCCUCCCCCUCCCUUUUCAUCAUGGCUGCUGUGUCUACUCUCUCAAGUAACGCUCGGAUUGGACACUGACUCGAUUUCUACCUUCCAGUGCCUCGUAACUUUUGGUGUGCACCAACUUCGCUUGGAUGCAAAUCACGAGCGACACCUCGUUGUUGCCCCUGGUUACAUUUAGUGGGAUAACCUUCACCAAUCACUGCCUCCACUCGGCCUUCUUUUUACCCCAAAAACAACCAACUGCCAGCCGACAACAGCUUCCAGGGCAAUGGUUUAACCCAGUUUUGCCCCUUCAUGAACAAUGUGUGAAAACUGCGCCGAGCUGGUGGAGGUUUUAAAUGAAAUAUCGGAUGCAGACGGCAGUGAAGGAGGCUUCCAGCUAAAGAAGGACCAUGCCCUGCGAGUGCUGGGCUACAUCAGCUCCUGGACUCAGAGACAAUGUCUCUGCUGCUUCAAGGAGUACAAACACCUGGAGGUCUUCAAUCAGCUGGUCUACGCCCUCAUCAACCUGGUCGUCGCUCAGAUCAGCAGCCUGAGAGACCGCCUCUGCAGCACCCAGGACCACACCCAUAAAGGAGGCGCGUCUGGGGCAGAGGGGGGGUCUGAAUGGAGCGGGGGCGAGGCUGCACCCGGAUCCCUCCCCCAGCCGUCCUCACCCGGGGAGGACGAACCUGUGAAUGUGGAGAGAGACUCUGCCGAAGAGGACGCCGACGCCCCCGACCUGAACCAGAAUAAGACCCAGAGCCAGGCUCAGGGGCUCAGCCGGCCAUGCGAAGCCCAGAUGGAAGCGCCGGAGCCUGGGGAGAGCGAUAGCGGGUCCGCGGGUGGUGAUGGAGGUGUCGGAGAAAGUGGAAGCGGUGACAACCAGGACCCGUUCAUCUCCUGGAGCACAGAGGAGAGGGAGAAGCUGCUGCUCUGUGCCGCCAAGAUCUUCCAGAUCCAGUUCCCCCUCUACACGGCCUACAAACACAACACACACCCCACCAUAGAGGACAUAUCUGCUCACGAAAGUAACAUCCUCGGCUCCUUCUGCGACAUGAAUGACGUGGAGGUGCCUCUGCAUCUGCUUGCGCUACGUCUGUCUGUCUGUGGGAAGCACGGCCUCUCCCUGAUGAAGGAGUGCUUCGAGUCGGGCACGCCGGAGAGCCUCCCCUUCCCCAUCGCACACGCCUUCAUCACCGUCGUCUCCAACAUCCGAAUAUGGCUGCACAUCCCUGCGGUCAUGCAGCACAUCAUACCGUUCCGCACUUACGUAAUACGGUACCUGUGCAAGCUGUCGGACCAGGAGCUGCGGCAGAGCGCGGCGCGCAACAUGGCCGACCUGAUGUGGAGCACGGUGAAGGAGCCGCUGGACAGCGCGCUGUGCUUCGACAAGGAGAGCCUGGACCUCGCCUUCAAAUACUUCAUGUCCCCAACGCUCACCAUGAGGCUGGCAGGACUCAGCCAAAUCACCAACCAACUCCACACCUUCAACGACGUCUGCAACAACGAGUCUCUGGUGUCCGACACAGAAACGUCCAUAGCGAAGGAACUAGCAGACUGGCUGAUCCACAACAACGUGGUGGAGCACAUAUUCGGACCAAAUUUGCACAUUGAGAUCAUCAAACAAUGCCAAGUGAUCCUGAACUUUUUAGCUGCAGAAGGCCGACUCAGCACGCAGCAUGUGGACUGUAUUUGGGCUGCAGCUCAGCUGAAACACUGCAGCCGUUACAUCCACGACCUUUUCCCGUCACUCAUCAAAAACCUCGACCUGCCUCUCCGCCACGUCCUCAACCGGUGUCAGCCUGCACCCCAGGCCACCGGACAGACGUUGUACCUGGCCUCCAUGCUGAUCAAGGCUCUGUGGAACAACGCCCUGGCGGCCAAGGCCCAGCUCUCCAAGCAGAGCUCCUUCGCCUCGCUGCUCAACACCAACAUGCCCAUGGGCAACAAGAAAGGUUCCCCGGCCGCCAGUCCGGACAGCAGCGACAACAGCGACACGCAACACAGCGGAGGCAGCGACAUGGAGAUGGACGACCAGAUGAUGUCUGGCAACAAGAGGAGCCAGCAGAGGCUGUCGGACACAGAGGAGUCGAUGCAGGGCAGCUCCGACGAGACGGCCAACAGCGUGGAGGAGGGCAGCAGCGGGCCGGGCAGCAGCAGCGGCCGCAGCGAGGCCUCCAGCAACGACGCGGCGUCCAGCCGAGCCAGCCAAUCGGCCGGCAGCCCCGGCAGCGAGAUGCACUCGGACGACAUGGCGGACAGCGAGGCCUUGAAGGAGGAGGAGGAAGAGGAGGAGGAGGAGGAAGAGGAGGAGGAGGAGGAGGAGGAGGAGGACGAGGAGGAGGACGACGAGGAGGACGACGAGGACGACGACGACGAGGAGGACGAAGACGAGGGGAACCGCUCGGCCGCUGACGGCGGGCAGCUGAAGGAGCCCCGGGAGCAGACGGAGUCGAGGAAGAGGAAGGCGGGCGAGGCGCUCUGCGAGGGGCCGAGCCAGGGGGCGGGGCCCGGCGGCUCGGGGGGCGGAGCCAAGGCCAAGGUUCUCCCCUUCAAGCCGGACACGUCUGUUGUCAUGGUGACGGCGGCGUCGACGUCCCUUGAGGGCCGGAUGAGGAUGUUGGACGCCUGUUCCGCGUCGUUGUCCGCUCGGCCCGACGGGACGGAGCCCCAGCAGCAGCUGCCAGAGAUCGGCCCCCCACAGAUGGUCCAGGGGCCUCAGGAGCCUCCGUGUCUGCCGCGGCCCGGGGACUUCCUGGGCGAGGCCAUGGGCGGCGAGCUCUUUAACUGCCGGCGCUUCAUUGGCCCCCAGCACCACCACCAUCACCAUCAUCACCACCACCACCAUCAUGAAGGUCCCAUGGUGGAGGACAUGCUGAGUGCGGACGACGUGAGCUGCAGCAGCUCCCAGGUCAGCGCCAAGUCGGAGAAGAACAUGGCCGACUUUGACGGCGAGGAGUCGGGCUGCGAGGAGGAGCUGGUCCAGAUCAACUCCCACGCCGAGCUCAGCUCCCACCUCCAGCAGCACCUCCCCAACCUGGCCUCCAUCUACCAUGAGCACCUGGUGCAAGGUCCGUCGGUCCAUAAGCACCAGUACUCCGGCAGCCAGGCCGUGACGGACAUCAACCUGGACAACGUUUGUAAGAAGGGCAACACGCUGCUGUGGGACCUGGUGCAGGACGAGGACGCGGUUUCAUCUUCGGAGGGUCUGAUUAACGCGGAGAAGCUGUUGUGUUCGCUCGUCUGUUGGUUCACCGACAGACAGAUCCGCAUGCGUUUCAUCGAGGGUUGCCUUGACAACUUGGCCCAUCACAGGUCUGUUGUGGUUUCCUUGCGUCUACUACCCAAACUUUUUGGCACGUUCCAGCAGUUUGGCUCCAGUUACGACACUCACUGGAUCACCAUGUGGGCGGAGAAGGAGCUGCACAUGAUGAAGCUGUUCUUCGACAACCUGCAGCACUACAUCCAGGAGGUCCGGGAACACCUGCACAAGUUUGCACUGUACAGCCACAGUGCGGAGGUCCAGGUCCGGCUGCAGUUCCUAACCUGCGUCUUCUCCACACUGGGCUCUCCAGACCACUUCAGGCUGAGCCUGGAGCAGGUGGACAUCCUGUGGCACUGCCUGGUGGAGGACGCCGAGUGCUACGACGACGCGCUGCACUGGUUCCUCAACCAGGUCCGCAGCAAGGACCAGCAUGCAAUGGGCAUGGAGACCUACAAACACCUUUUCCUGGAGAAGAUGCCCCAGCUGAAGCAGACCAUCAGCAUGACGGGCCUCAACCUCUUCCAGCACCUGUGUAACUUGGCCCGCCUCGCCACCAGCGCCCUGGACAACGCCUCCAGCUGUGAGCUGUGUGGGAUGGACCAGCUGUGGGGGAUCGCUCUGAGAGCUCAGUCUGCUGACAUCAGCCGCGCCGCCAUCCAGUACAUCAACUCCUACUACAUCAACGCUGGUAAGACGGGCCUGGAGAAGGAGCAGGAGUUCAUCAGGAAGUGCAUGGAGAGUCUGCUGAUGGCGUCGGCCAACCUGGAGAAGGACGCCCACUCCAGCCUCACCAGCAUCGAGCGGGGGCUGCUCAUGCUCAAAACCCACCUGGAGGCCUUCAGACGCAGGUUUGCGUACCACCUGCGGCAGUGGCAGAUCGAGGGGACGGGAAUCAGCAGCCACCUGAAGGCUCUGAGCGACAAGCAGUCUCUGCCGCUCAGGAUCGUCUGCCAGCCCGCCGGCCUCCCGGACAAGAUGACGAUCGAGAUGUACCCCAGCGACCAGGUGGCAGACCUGCGGGCCGAGGUGACCCACUGGUACGAGAACCUGCAGAAGGAGCAGAUGAACCAGCAGGCCCAGCUGCAGGAGUUUGGCCAGAGCGGCCGACAGACGGGAGACUUCCCAGGGGGUUUGAUGGGACCAGUCAGGAUGAUCUCCUCUGGCCACGAGCUCACCACGGACUACGAUGAGAAGACUCUGCAUGAGCUGGGCUUCAAAGACAUGCAGAUGGUGUUCGUGUCUCUGGGAGCUCCGCGGAGGGAGAGGAAGGGCGAGGGCGUCCAGCUGCCGGCCUCCUGCCUGCCGCCCCCCCAGAAGGAGCACAUCCCCAUGCUGCUGCUCCUCCAGGAGCCGCACCUCACCACGCUGUUCGACCUGCUGGAGAUGCUGGCCUGCUUCAAACCGCCCAGCCCCAACGCAGAGAAGGUCUACGACAACCCUGAGGUGGAGCGGUGUGAGGAACUCCACCUCCAUGCAGAGAAUCUGUCUCGCCGGGUUUGGGAGCUGCUGAUGCUUCUUCCUACGUGUCCCAAGAUGCUUCAGGCCUUCCAGAACAUCUCCGACGACACGAAUGGGGAGGGUCUGUGCUGGAAGGAGCUGCUGAGGAUAAAAAGUCCCCACAAGUUGCUGUACGCCCUGGAGAUCAUCGAGGCGCUGGGCAAACCCAACAGACGCAUUCACAGAGAGUCCACUGGCAGCUACAGUGAUCUGUAUCCGGACUCUGACGACUCCAGUGAGGAUCAGAUAGAAAACAGCAAGAACACCUGGAGCUGCAAGUUUGUUUCCUCUGGAGGCCUGCAGCUACUCCUGGAGAUCUUUAACUCAGGCAUCCUGGAGCCCAAAGACCAGGAGUCCUGGACUGUGUGGCUGCUGGACUGCCUGGCCUGCCUGCUGAAGUUGGUCUGCCAGUUUGCGGUGGACCCCGCAGACCUGGACCUGGCCUACCACGACGUCUUCUCCUGGUCCGGCCUCGCCGACAGCCAACGCAAGCGGGCCUGGCCGGGCAAAUCCCGCAAGUCCACGGUGGAGCACGGGAAAGGCCUGCACAUCCCUCGGCUGACGGAGGUGUUCCUCAGCCUCGUUCAGGGUACCAUCCUCAUCCAGCGUUUGAUCAACGUGGCCUACACUUACGACAACCUCGCACACAGAGUUCUAAAGGCUCAGUCUGACCACCGGUCCCGUUAUGAAGUGACCCACUACUCCAUGUGGCUGCUGGUGAGCUGGGCGCACUGCUCCUCCACGGUGAAGUCCAGUCUGGCCGACAGCGACCACCUGCACGACUGGUUGAAGAAGCUCACCCUGCUGGUGCCCGAGCCGGCCGUGAGACACGAGGCGUGCAACGGCCUCUACAAGCUCUCUCUCUCUGGCUUGGAGAGCGGAGAGUCCAUCAACAGGUCCUUCCUGCUGCUCGCCGCCUCCACGCUCCUCAAGUUCCUGCCUGACGCACAGGCGCUCAAACCACUCAGGGUGGAGGACUACGAAGAGGAGCCUCUGUUGCGGACGGGCUGUAAGGAAUACUUCUGGCUGCUCUGUAAACUCAUCGACAACAUUCACGUUAAAGACGCCAGCCAGACCACCUUGCUGGACCUGGACGCUCUGGCCCGACACCUCGCCGACUGCAUCAGGAGCCGGGAGAUCCUGGACCAGCAGGACGGCGCGAUCGAGGACGACGGGCUGACGGGCCUCCUGCGUCUCGCCACCAGCGUCCUCAAACACAAGCCCCCCUUCAAGUUCUCCCGCGAGGGGCAGGAGUUCCUGCGCGACGUCCACAACCUGCUCUUCCUGCUGCCCAGCCUGGCCGACCGCGCUCAGCCCAAAUGCAAGUCCCACGCCGCCCGCGCCGCCGCCUACGACCUGCUGGUGGAGACGGUGAAGGGCUCCGUGGAGAACUACCGGCUGCUCCACAACUGGGUCAUGUCGCAGCACAUGCAAGCCUCUCACGCCCCGUACAAGUGGGACUACUGGCCCCACGACGACGUCCGGGCCGAGUGCCGCUUCGUGGGCCUGACUAACCUGGGAGCAACCUGUUACCUGGCCUCCACCAUCCAGCAGCUCUACAUGAUCCCCGAGGCCCGCCAGGCGGUCUUCACCGCCAAGGGCGUCAUGUCGAGGCGCAGCGGAAAGGAGAAGUGGGUGUUCACCUUCUCCUUCAUCAUCGUCACCAUGUUGAAGUGUGUCACCUCUGGUGUUGAAACUCAGGAUCCGUGGCAGCUUUUUGAAACGCCCUUUGAGAGAGAGACAAAGCAGUUUUUCCAGGAAUCUCUGGAUGAGGUGACGAUCAAAGACACUCUGGAGGGCGACAACAUGUACACCUGCUCCCAGUGUGGCAAGAAGGUCCGUGCAGAGAAAAGGGCGUGUUUCAAAAAGCUGCCACGGAUCCUGAGUUUCAACACCAUGAGGUACACCUUCAACAUGGUGACGAUGAUGAAGGAGAAGGUGAACACCCACUUCUCCUUCCCGCUGCGCCUCGACAUGACGCCCUACACCGAGGACUUCCUCAUGGGCAAAGGGGAGCGCAAAGAGGGUUUUCGGGAAGAGGGCGAGGCAAAAGUCACGGAGAGCUACGAGUACGACCUCAUCGGCGUCACGGUGCACACGGGCACCGCCGACGGCGGCCAUUACUACAGCUUCAUCAGAGACAUAGUCAACCCACACGCCUACAAGAACAACAAGUGGUACCUGUUCAACGAUGCCGAGGUGAAGCCCUUCGACUCGGCCCAGCUGGCCUCCGAGUGCUUCGGGGGGGAAAUGACGACUAAAACCUACGACUCCGUCACCGACAAGUUCAUGGACUUCUCUUUCGAGAAGACACACAGUGCCUACAUGCUCUUCUACAAGAGGGUGGAGCUGGAGGAGGAGAACGGGAAGGACUUCAGCUUUGACGUCUCUCCUGAUCUGCUGGAGUGGAUUUGGCACGACAACAUGCAGUUCCUCCAGGAUAAAAAUAUAUUUGAACACACCUACUUUGGUUUCAUGUGGCAGCUCUGCAGCAGCAUUCCCAGCACGCUACCGGACCCCAAAGCCGUCUCCCUCAUGACCGCUAAGCUCAGCACGUCCUUUGUCCUCGAGACGUUCAUUCACUCCAAGGAGAAGCCCACCAUGCUGCAGUGGAUCGAACUCCUCACCAAACAGUUCAACAACAGCCAGGCCGCCUGCGAGUGGUUUUUGGAUCGGAUGGCUGACGACAACUGGUGGCCGAUGCAGAUCCUCAUAAAGUGCCCCAAUCAGAUAGUCCGACAAAUGUUCCAGAGGUUGUGUAUUCACGUCAUCCAGAGGCUGCGUCCGGUCCACGCUCACCUCUACCUGCAGCCCGGCAUGGAGGACGGCUCCGACGACAUGGACGGUCCGGUGGAGGACAUCGGCAGCCGGUCCUGCGUCACCCGCUUCGUGAAGACGCUGCUGUCCAUCAUGGAGCACGGCGUCAAGCCCCACAGCAAACACCUGACGGAGUACUUCGCCUUCCUCUACGAGUUCGCCAAGAUGGGCGAGGAGGAGAGUCAGUUCUUGUUGUCACUACAAGCUAUUUCCAUCAUGGUGCACUUCUACAUGGGAACCAAAGGCCCUGAGAAUCCUCAGGUGGAGGUGCUGUCGGAGGAGGAGGGAGAGGAGGAGGACGAGGAGGAGGACAUCCUGUCCCUGGCGGAGGAGAAGUAUCGUCCUGCAGCUCUGGAGAAGAUGAUCGCCCUCAUCGCUCUGCUGGUGGAGCAGUCUCGCUCCGAGCGACACCUGACUCUGUCUCAGAGCGACAUGGCGGCGCUGACCGGAGGGAAAGGCUUCCCCUUCCUCUUCCAGCACAUCAGAGACGGCAUCAACAUCCGGCAGACCUGCAACCUCAUCUUCAGCCUCUGUCGCUAUAACAACCGCCUGGCCGAGCAUAUCGUGUCGAUGCUCUUCACCUCCAUCGCUAAGCUGACUCCUGAGGCGGCCAAUCCUUUCUUCAAGCUGCUGACGAUGUUGAUGGAGUUUGCGGGCGGACCACCGGGGAUGCCCUCCUUCGCGUCCUACAUCCUCCAGAGGAUCUGGGAGGUGAUCGAGUACAACCCGUCCCAGUGUCUGGACUGGCUGGCGGUCCAGACUCCCCGGAACAAGCUGGCCCACAGCUGGGUGCUGCAGAACAUGGAGAACUGGGUGGAACGCUUCCUGCUGGCACACAACUACCCCCGGGUCCGCACAUCGGCGGCGUACCUCCUCGUCUCGCUCAUCCCCAGCAACUCCUUCCGCCAGAUGUUUCGCUCCACGCGCUCCCUCCACCUGCCGACCCGCGAGCUGCCGCUGUCCCCCGACACCACCGUGGUCCUCCACCAGGUCUACAACCUGCUGCUGGGGCUGCUGGGACGCGCCAAGCUGUACGUGGACGCCAGCGUUCACGGCACCACCAAGCUGGUGCAGUACUUCAGCUUCAUGACGUACUGCCUCAUCUCCAAGACGGAGAAACUCAUGUUCUCCGGGUACUUCAUGGACCUGUGGAACCUCUUCCAGCCCAAGCUGUCGGAGCCGGCCAUCGCCACCAACCACAACAAGCAGGCGCUGCUGUCCUUCUGGUACAACAUGUGCGUGGACUGCCCGGAGAACGUGCGCCUGGUGGUGCAGAACCCCGUGGUGACCAAGAACAUCGCCUUCAACUACAUCCUGGCCGACCACGACGACCAGGAGGUGGUGCUCUUCAACCGCGGCAUGCUGCCCGCCUACUACGGCAUCCUGCGCAUGUGCUGCGAGCAGUCGCCCGCCUUCACGCGCCAGCUCGCCUCGCACCAGAACAUCCAGUGGGCCUUCAAGAACCUGACGCCGCACGCCAGCCAGUACCCCGGGGUGAGCAGAAGCGUGGAGGAGCUGUUCAACCUGAUGCAGCUGUUUGUGGCGCAGCGAGCCGACAUGCGCAGAGGAAGAGCUCGAGACGUCAAGCAGUUCAAGAAAACCACCAUCAGCUGCUACCUGCGCUGCCUGGACGGCCGCUCCUGCUGGACCACGCUCAUCAGUGCCUUCAGGGUCUGCUGGAGGGAACGGGACGAGGGGACCGGAUGCUGGUGGUCUGCAACAGGGGCUCAUCGCAUGACUGAGUCCUUCAACACUCUGCACAUGAUGUACCACGAGGCGACGGCGUGCCACGUCACCGGGGACCUGGUGGAGCUGCUCUCCAUCUUCCUGUCCGUCCUCAAAGCCACCCGGCCGUACCUGCAGCGCAAAGAUGUGAAGCAGGCUCUGAUCCAGUGGCAGGAGAGGAUCGACUUUGCUCACAAGCUGCUCACACUUCUCAACUCCUACAGCCCCCCCGAGCUCCGCAACGCCUGCCUUGAUGUUCUAAAGGAACUGGUUUUGCUGAGUCCUCACGACUUCCUGCACACUCUGGUCCCCUUCCUGCAGCACAACCACUGCACCUACCACCACAGCAACAUCCCCAGGUAAGGACGAGGUGUACGACCGGAUGCUGCUGGACUACUUCCUGUCCUACCACCAGUUCAGCCACCUGCUGUGUCGCGUCGCCAUCAACUGCGAGAAAUUCACCGACACACUCGUCAAACUGAUCCGUUCUGGCUAAGACGUGUGUGAAGCUGCUGUGCGAGGAUCCGGCCUUCAGCGAGUACAUCAAGUGCAUCCUGAUGGACGAGAGGACGUUCCUGAACAACAACGCGGCGUACUCCUUCCUCACCUGCUUCCUGCACAAGGUAGACAAAAACCCCGGGACGCCCCAAAGCAGAGUCACGUCCUGUCUCUGGGACUUCCUGUCUCCGUGUCCUGUGGGUUUCUCCUCUGCCACGCCGGCACCACACAGCGUGAACACAGAUUAUGAGCCAAUCUUUUGCUCCUGUCGUCACCAAAAUGAAAGAGACAGCAUCGACCGGAGGCUGGCCGGCACUCACCGCCUGGAGUCAGCAAGGACAAGCGGCCUGCUGAACGCCGACCUGAGGGCGUUGGUGCUGCUGCUGUCCGUGCAGCCCCCCCAGACCGUGGACCCUGCUCUGUGCCCCGCGCUGCAGGAGCUGCUGGACCGCUGCCGUGUGUGUGUCCAGCAGCGCAGCGCUCUGGAGCUCGAGGCCAAGGACCAGAAGGCCAAAGGGGGCCAGGUUUCCAGGGGCCAGGUUCAGGGUGCUAGGGACCAGGGCAGGGACCAGGGCCAUGUUCCAGAGGCAAGGGCUAGGGACCAGGUUCCAGAGGCCAGGGGCUAG